AAGCUCCUUCCCCACAGUGAUGACGAAUAAUGUGCAACACAUGGUUAAUUUGGGCUAUUUUUAUCAUUAUAUGGGUUUUAUAUAGAAUUUUUGUUCUUUUUUUAUGUGUGUCACAUAAAGGAAUUUAAUUUAACAAACAACAUGAAAGACAAUUGUAAUAAAAAAGUAUUCACCCCUCAAUGGUGGAUUCCUCAACAACGUACAUAGGUUAAUUAGUGUACUUUACAUACCAAUCAGGUGCCACCGAGUUCGAAGCCAUCGUAUCGUCGUCUACCAAUCGUCGAUCGAAGUCUUUCCACCAUCGCAGUCGUGCUUCCGCGACAUGCUUGCGCUUGAACUUGGGAGAGCUCAGCGCGCACUUUUUGCUCUUUCUCUGGGGCGUUGUGAAGAGCUGAAAGUACUUCACGCAGCAGACGAACAGGGGUGGAUCUCUGAUUGAUACUGAACCCCAUCGUUGUCUCUCUGCGCUCUACGCGUACAGCAACGCUCUCUCAGCACGCAAACGAGCCGGUCGCGCAAGUCUCGCCGUGGUUCCAUUGAUAAACAGCACAAUACGCAACGCGGUCGUCGUGAUAAUUCGCUUUUGCGUGGACGCUCCCGCCUACUGUAUCGAUAUUUGCACUCCCAGUGUUCUUCUUGUGCGGUUUUGACCCGUCUGAUAAUCAAGCGAGUGGAUCAGAGUGCAUUUAUAAAUAGACGGUGCGAUCAGAAACACUUCAAUUCGAAUUAAAAAAAAAAAAACAAUACAUUUUUGUGGUAUAGAAAAGUGAAUUCGACCGUGGACAGCGCAGUCUGUGCUUGCGAUUUGGGGUGUGCUCUAGUGGAGUAAAAACAGUGCCGGUGCCUGCAAAGACAACCCCAUCUUACUUUUGCUUUGUGUUAUGAAUAUUAUCAUUCUCUUCGGGUGGAUAAAUUUCCAGUUGACAGGAAAGUGUUCGUCGGGAAGAAGGGGAGGGUGAUUCGAUUGCCAAAAAAGCAUAUAAAUUUCGCUGGUUUUUGAGCAUAGAACGCCGCAACGCGUAUAUGAAAGAGAGCUGAGCGAACGAAUAAUACUCUCCCAGUGACAGGAGGGGAUGACGAAAUCGUACCGCACGCAGAAAAUCAUAACAAACCACUCGGAGUGUUCCGGCCGGCGCCGGUCGGUUCAAAGUCUACUUUGUUUUCAUACAUUGCCAAACAGUAAUUGAUAUGCUGCUUCCGAUACAGGCGUUCUCUCUGGUGAAUUUUACAUCAAAGUGCUGAUAAAAACUUGCGUAUACAAGAAAAAAAAACGCUGUGCUAUCGUUCAUGUGCGGCUGAUAAAAUUCGUGUUGACGGACGUGUACAUUGUGAUAUUUUGAAGGGGUGAAGCACGCGAGUUUUGGAGGCGUGAAGAAGCACGUGCGGUAAGCGCGCAUCCGUGAGAGAGUGCGUUGAGAGCAUGCAUGCUCUCUCCGUGGGGGGAUGAAGCGUGAUGACUAAUACGGCUUUUUAGCAGACGACACGUUUGGAAGGCGAGUUGUGUGCAAACGUGUAAAAACUUGUAAAACACGGUGUUGAGUAUUGCUAGCAGAUAGUGCUUUGGAGAUUAGAGGUAUAUUUAAAUUGUGGUCUGAAUAAAAAUAAUCAAUCUCUACCAUCAGUGAGUUCCGGUUGUAAGUGUAUUGACCGGCAUGAUCGCGUAGCCUAAAAUAAGAAGAAAAAGAAGAAGCAGAAGAAAAAAAAAGAAGAAAAAGAAGAAGAAGAAGAAUAAGAAUAAGAAGAAGAAGAAGAAGAAGAAGAAGAAGAAGAAGAAGAAGAAGAAGAAGAAAGAAGCAGAAGAAGAAAGAAGAAGAAGAAUUAUAAAAAAAGAAAAUAAAACAAAAAGAAGAAAAGAGAACAAAAAGAAGAAAAUAGAAGAAGGGCAUGAGUGAAAACAAGGUGUAACCAUGGCAAACGACGUUACUAUAGCAAAAAUUCGCACCGACAAUCGUUCAGUGCUUGAAGUUCGUGGAAAAGAAUUCGGACUGCAACCUAUUAUUGAUCUAGUUGAGAACGUUAUUAACAAAAAUACCAAAAUUGAAGAGGUACGUUUCGUGAGUGGCAAGCUUUUUCGCAUUGACGCCAAUCUACCCAAUCAAGUUUGGCAUGGGAAAAAUGUUGUGGUUCAUGCGCGUGAGCUACUGGUUCCGUCGCCCGUUUGUUGGGACCUUUCGGGCAAAGACGAUGGCCAUGAGUACAGCCAAAGUGCUGGGACUGGCGAGGACGGAACGGGUUUAAAUGGCAAGGAUGGCUACCCUGGCGAGAGUGGUGGAAAUGUGUUGAUAAUGGCGAAAGAAAUAACACACCCCGAGCACAUGACGAUCAUUGCGAAUGGUGGAGCUGGCAGCGACGGUCAGGACGGUGGCAAUGGUAAACAUGGGAGAGAUGGAACAGGCAAACGUUGGUCCGAGUUUCGGGAUGAAUUUCCACCGGUAGCAUCGAUGGACGGGGUACGGCAUGCGGACUUGAAUACAACCCUAAAGAACCUGAAAAAACCGGGCAUAACAAUAACAAAGGAAGAGGUGAACGAUCGUCAUACUUUAAAAAUCCUUACAAAUUCGCUCCGCGGAUGGACAUACCUGUUGUCUUUCACAAAAGUUGAAUUUCAGGGCUUGCAAAUAGGAGAUUGCUAUUUCGAGUGUAAAACGGACGAUGGGCACAGCAUAACGUUUUCCUAUCAGGAUGGUGAUUUGAUGACCCAAAAUUGUCAAGCUUUUCUACUGUACGAAGGAUCACCGGGAACUCCGGGCAUGCCCGGAGGAGAGUAUGGCAUGGGUGGACAGGGCGGCAAGGCUGGGGAGGUAACGGUACAGUGCCUGACAAACUAUCGAGAUGUUGAUGUACACAUCAUCAGCAAAGCGGGAGCGAAUGGAAAGAAUGGAAAAGGAGGUGUUGGUGGUCGCCACGGCAAGAGAGGUUGGGAUGUAGGAUACGCGGAUCAUUUUUGGGGCCGAAGGUUUGGACCAUUUCCCAUCUACUAUGGAAGUGAUGAAAACAGUACUCUUAAAUUAAGCGCUUAUUCAUCAAAUGCUAGCAACAGAGUGUAUUGUCCUUAUUUAAGUGAUAACUCCUCAACGUAUGUAGAAAUAACGUCCUCCAGGCUACGUCAUCCAGAUCAGCAAACGUUUGAGGAACGGAACAAUAGUAGAUCGAACAGCGAAAGGCAGCAUCAUGCACGAGCCGUAGGUAAGAAAACAAUCUCCAGACAAAGCGUACUGAAUGCGUAUUCUGAGUUUUUGGAAGAAGUUGAGCGCGAGAUAGAAGAAGAGGAAGCCAACCGGCGUCACGAAGAAGAGUGCGCACGACAGCGUGCCCGCGAAGCAGAGCUUGCAGCGCGCCAAGCUGCUGAGAGAGAAGCUCAGGAGGAGAGGCAACGUGCAUAUGAAGCGGAACAAGCACGACUGGCUGCUGAAACGCAAAGACUAGAAGAAUUUAGGCGUGCACACGCAGCAGAGAUAGCGACACGCCAAGCUGCUGCGCAGAAUGUUCAGCAAGGAACUACUGGAGGAAGGCGACUUCAUGCUCAGCCAAAUCCUGCAUGUGAACCAAAGAUGGCAGCACUGCAAGCUGCCGAGAGUAGACUUCAGCAUUCAAACCGUUGGUCCUAUCAAGCAGAAUGCCGCCAACAUCCAUACGAAGUAAGGCGGGCAGCUCGCCAAGCAGCGGAGAAGAAACUGCAAGAGAAAAAACAAGCUGCUGAAGCGGAGAAAAAGGCGAAAGAGGAAAAGCGUGCAGCUGCUAAGCAGAAAGUGCUGGAAGAAAAGCAGCGCGCAUAUGCAGCAGAGUGUGAGCGUCAAGCUGCUGCAAAACGAAGGCAAGAAGAGUUGCAACUUGCGCAUGCAAUGAGUCGUUGCGUUUCCCUCGAACAAGAUAUCAAACGCCAACAUUGCAAAGUCACGGUGAAUAUAUCUAAGGUAAAACAGGAUAAUGAUCAGGAAGGGAAUGCAACUAACUGCGAUUCUUUCACAUUAAAUGACUGGCUGUCGUACAGCACGAAAGCCGUGCAUGAAAAGGAUCUUAUCCUAUUGCUAAGCAAAUUUGCCACUGAUCGUACAAGUUACCUUCAAGAUGCGGACACAGAUGAAGGUAACAAGACAAUUGAUGAAAUAGAUGAAAUGUUCUUUAGGAAAUACAAAUUUCAAGCAAUGCAAAAACUGCCACAGCUACUACCACUGUACCUCAAAUGUGAAACACAACCUGAUUACACUGCAGAAACAAUUUCGCAAUUCCUAAAAGAAACUAAAGAAAAGAACGGUCAAGCCUCUCAUGUGAUUCUGGGUUCAAUGAAGCAGUAUCUGUACGAAAACACUCCAGAAAUACGAAGCAAGAUCGUGACUUUUAUCAAACAAGAAAUGAAAGAUGAUGAUGAGGUUUUACGGCGUGCAAUUAAAUCUUUCGUUUUAGACACUGAAUAUGCAGACAAUAUCGACGAAUGUAUGGAAACGUUCUACAGAGAGCUGUCCAAACCGCAACACAAAGAGCUUUUGCCCUUUUGGGACGCUGACAGUGAUGAAGAAACGAAUAACGAAUUUCGAAAAGCCAUACAAAAAGAUGAAGCUUUAAAAGCGCUUUACGAUAGCUUGAAUGAAGCAAAACGGGUAAAAGCGCAAUAUGAAACGAGUGAAAUGAUUGUCGAUGAGCAGGUGAAGCAAAAGUUCAUCGAAUACAUUCAAAGUAAAGGAGUUGCGACAUCGGGGAGCUGCAGAGAGUUUUUGGCAUAUGUGUUUGAUGUCAAUCUUAGGGUGUAUACUACUGAUGAGGACUUUGAAUAUGUUCUUCUUGAAGAACACAAUCCUUCUUCAACGACGAAGAACCAUAUACUUAUCCGAGACGAUGAGUUAGUGCAGAUGGAAACAAACGCCGAGUACUUACAAAUGGCCCAAGAACGUCUGUACAAGGAUACUCUUUUCGGGAAUAUUCUGAUGGAGCUGGACUACUUGCCUACUAUUGGAGACAUCGAACAGUUUUUAACACUAUUUGAUGUUGAAACAGUAGCUAGCACCCAGAGUUAUGAUGAAGAUAGUGAUUCAAAUGAUAAGGUAAUAGCUGAAACGUUGGCCAGCUACUUCCCGGAGGAUAAAUGUGUAACCAUGAGAAAAAUGUUGGAGAAAGUUACAUAUUCCAAUGAGAAACGGAUGUUGCAAUGUAUGCUGCAACGAUUUUCGUGCGAAGGACGGCAUAUAUCUGCGGAUGAAAUGAGCAUGUUCAUUAACUCGCUGCUCGAUAGCAUUGCCAACGGUGGACAGGAAGCGUUCACUUACACCUGGAUUGUUGCAGCCUAUCAGCAACAGAACUGGGUGGACGAAGCCUUAAUUCUGCAUCUUGAAACACAUUUCAAACAACAAUUGCCGAACAAACAGCAAUGGCGAGCGUACAUGAGCAAAGUGAUGAGCAAAGAUGUUUUGGUGACAUUGUUCAAUGAGCUUCAAGUAAGCACUUGCACUAUUGACUGCAUGCACGAUAUUUUGCAUUUGCUAAGCAGUGUCCCUAUAGAGUCUAUUGCUUUCGAAGGAAUUAAGCUGUCGGAGUGGGGCUACUUUCUGAAGGAACAUUACUGGACGCACAAACUGAAGGCUUUAGUGGAAUGGAAUGAAGAGGAUCGACUUAGCGAUGCUUCUUACUACAUGAGCUGUGUUGAAAAUUCAUUUGGAUACAGUAAAGCAAAUGAUUUGAUAGACUGUUUGAAAGUCAAAGAUCACCUGACCUCCAAAAUUGUGCUGAAAAUUCUAUCAAACUUACAGAAACAAAAAUGGCUCUUAACGGAUGUAGAAAUUCACAAUCUAAAGGCUUCUCAACUGCAAGAUUGGAUCGCUACAAUGGAGCAAAAGUACAAACCACAGCUGGAGGAUUUCAAUAUACAGCAACUUGCAGAAAUACUUGAUAGUGAUCAAAAUACAUCAAAGAGGAUUCUCGACAAUCUUCCCAUGAUACGGACAUCCAUUGAACACAUCAAUGAUGUAAACACAUCCUAUAAUCAGAAGUUGGUAGCAAAAUUUACGUACAAUGACAUCAAAAUUUGGCAAGAAACGAUUGGUGUUAAAGUACACAACGCAACAAACGAUGACACUGUACACAUUUACGCAGAAAUGCUUGCAGUAAUUGAUCGAGCGAUUGAGCUGAAGAGAGGAUUUCGGCUUCGCGAUACUCAACGACUUACUAUUCUUGCGUUGCUUACGAACACGAAAAGCACUCUGGCCCAAGUAUCCACCGGUGAAGGGAAAUCGUUGAUCGUCGUAGCAACUUCGAUCGUAAAGGCUCUGUUCCACAACAAGGUGGACAUUGUAACCAGCUCUCCAGUGCUCGCUAAGCGUGAUUCGGAGGUGAACAAAGAUAUCUAUGAAUUGUUUGGAGUCAGUGUUCACCACAACUGUAGCGAAGACCUUGAACAGCGCAAAGAAGCUUACUCGAAUUAUCAAGUUGUGUACGGUGAUUUGGCAAGCUUUCAGCGUGACUACCUGCUGGAUAAAUUCUAUGGCAAAAACAUACUGGGUGAUCGUGAUUUUUCGUGCGUUAUCGUCGACGAGGUGGACAGUAUGUUGGUUGAUAAGGGAAAUAAUAUGCUUUACCUGUCGCACGAUAUACCGGGAAUGGAUAAGCUUGAGUCGGUGUAUGUUUUUAUUUGGCAGGUGGUCAAUUCUUCCCCGGGCAAUCCGGAAGACAUUGAUACGGAUGAAAUUAAGGACACAAUAAUGAACAAUCUAUACGAUCGGAUCAGUUUCAACGAUCUGAAGAAACUCGAUCCAAACUUAAGCACCAAAAAAGUAAAAUCAAUUUGGCAGUGUUUAGUAAAUGGAGGCGUAAUAGAUACGGAGUCAAACAUUGUGAAAAAUGCCAUAGAUUCUUCAAGAUUGGAAAAAGUAUUGCCUCCUGAGUUCGCUCAAUACAAGCACAGGCUAAGCUUUCAGCUGACCGAAUGUGUCAAUCGCGAGAAGCAUAUUAUUGUUCCUAACUAUCUGAAAAGGUUUGUGGAAAGACACUUGACAUCUUGGAUCGAUAGCGCUAUCAAUGCGUUACUGAUGGAGCCUGAUCACUCGUACGUGGUAAGCUUUAUGGCGUCCGGUGUAAAAACCGAGCGUAGCAUAGUGAUCCUCGACAAAGAUACUGGAACAGAUCAGGGAAGCUCUCAGUGGGACGAAGCAUUGCAUCAGUUUUUGCAGCUAAAACAUGGCUGUAAAUUGUCAUUGCAAAGCUUGAAAGCGGUUUUCCUAUCGAAUGUGUCAUAUUUCAAGCUGUACAAGCUAUUGUACGGGUUGACCGGUACACUCGGCUCGCAGGGUGAAAGACACUUGCUGAAAGAGGUACAUCAGGUAGAUUUUGUUACCAUACCACCGACCAAGUCGAAACAAUUCGACGAGUACGAUCCAAUCAUCUGUCUCGGGCCCAACAAAUGGCUGGAAAGCAUUCGGGCGGAAGUGGACACCCUAGUCAACGAGCAGCAUCGAUCGGUUCUCAUCAUUUGCGAUACGAUCAAUGACGUGCAAAGUGUGGAAAAGUGCUUAAAGGCAAAGGGUGAUCUACACAUUAGCACCUACACGCGGGACUUUGAAGAGUUUGAUGUGGUGCAAGGUACUGCAAAGCUACAGCAAGGAGAGAUCAUCAUUGCAACCAACCUGGCGGGCCGUGGAACCGAUAUACGCAUCACGGAUGAAGUGAGAAAGGCAGGUGGGCUGCAUGUGAUUCUAACGUACCUUCCGGAAAACAUUCGCAUUGAGGAGCAAGCUUUUGGAAGAGCGGCAAGAAGCGGAGACAAAGGAUCCGGACGGAUGAUACUGAUGGUGCGGGGCCGCAAGCAGUUCCGAAAGUCCAAAAUAAUUGACCUGAAAAAGAAGCGAGAUAAAAAUGAGCUGUACCGCAUAUCGGAGGUCAAGUCGUACUACGAAAAACACAUCGUGACGGAGGAGAAUUGUUUUAACAAAUUCAAAAAGGUGUAUGAAAAGCACAGGGAGGCUCUAGACAACGUCGAUGUGCCGAAAGAAGUUAAAGCUAUUUUGCUCGAAAGCUGCCUCGAUCAGUGGGCGUUCUGGUUGGACGAGCACAGCAGCUUGAUGGAAGAGUUCAGUCAUGAAUGUGAUGAAAAGCGUACGCCACCGGUGCUGAAGACGUUUUUGAACAAGCUGCAAAGCUUUCAGUCGGGAGAAUGCACUGGGUCUUAUUUAUUGAGCAGCUUGUGGGAAGGCUGGGUUGCGGGGAAUCCGAUGCGUAUGAUUAAACUGGGAAAACAUCUCGCUGAGCAUCAUGUGAAAAUGGGGAUGUUGAAGGACUUACAAAAGGCAGGCAAACAACUUACAAACAUGGUUAAGAAAACAUUUGACGACGCAAGGAUAGUGAUGUACGCUUAUAAAACGGCUAUGAGUUUGUUCGAAAAGGUUAUACAGCUUGAGCCCCAGUUUUGUGAAGCUGCAUACUAUUAUCGUGCCUACACGGUGAUGAAAUCGGCUGAAAUUGAACAGACUAAAGAUGGAACGAGUAAUGAAACGAUCGAGCAGUUCAAGAAAGAUUUGCGUGCAGCGAUGGAGCUUUUUGAAGCACAUCAUACAGCUGCUGUACAGGCUGCUGGCAUUGUGGGCAUAACGAAAAAUAUGCAUGUUUCGUACGACGACUACAAGGAACAAAAGGAGCGCAUUGCAAAGUUGUAUCUAUCGUUCACACGAUCGAUUGAAGAUAUACUAGGGUACGCGGUAGCUCCAGACGCGCUUGUGUCGGAUGAUAAUAUUACAGCUGAUCAAGCGGAACGUAUCUGUAAGUAUCUCACUGACCAUAAGAUAGCAUCCAAACCACAAGUGCGGAAAAACGUAAGCGACCAGCAGUUGCUUGCUAUCCAUGAAGACUAUGGCAUACCGGUUGAAGAUUUGAGGACCUUUUUUUCUGCUAAGGCUGGCAAAGAGAUUGACGAGGGCACGUUUUUAAAGGAAUGUGAGUCUACCUUUAAGUUUCCUAGUAAAGAACAGUUUUGGGACCUGUUAGACAAGCAGAAGGUUAUAAGUGACAUACAGGAGUACGUAAGGGUAGAUAAUACCAAGUUGAAGAAAGUGAAUCUCUCUUUGAUGGAAGCUAUCGAGGAAAUGAUAACAAAAGAGAAAUUAUUAAAACAAUCAAUUGAACUAACGAACGAACAGAUUGUUUUAUACCACGAUUGGAUAACGUACGAGCAGACAGAAAAUACAGAUUCAAAGGCAAAUGUAAGUAUAGAAAUAUCUAAAAAAGAAGAUCUUACACAAACCGUCGCUGAACAACAGAAUGAAUUGUUGGAUAAAAAGGGUAUUACUACCAGCAAUCAGAAGGCAAAUGAUGAUGCAAGCAAAAUUUCAUCAUGUGUGCCCGAAUCUUCCGAUUCUGUGUCUGAUCUGUCCAAGAAAGCAACUACAGAUGAAAAUGAGGUAAAACUCAGUACGAAGACAGAAUAUAAAGAGUCAAAAGCACGUGUCAGUAUGGAUAUAUUUAAAAAAGAUGAUUUUAUACAAGCUUUUGGAAGGCAACAGUAUGAAAUGCUUGUCAAAAAGGGUAUAAUCACCAUCAAUAAAAAGGCAAAUAUCGACAAAAGCAAGCUUUUAUCAUGUGUGCCCGAAUGGUUCGAUUCUGUGUCUGUUCAGGAUUUGAUCAAGAAAGCAAAUAUAGAACAAACUGAGGCAGAACUCAUCAUGAAUGAGUUGAUAAAACAAGGAACUUUAGAACCUAGUGUGGGUAGUUCCUACAAAUUAAAGGAUAGUUUUAACGACAAAAAGGAUGACUUGGUGCCAUCGUAUCCAGUGUAUGAGCCUGCGGUAAGGGCGUUACUUGCAGGUUGCUUUGCGUACAGAUUGGAAUUGAAGCACCUCAAAGACCAACUAGAGGAGCUUGAAUCCGGCGAUGGAAAAGUAAUACGAAUCAAUCUAGCAAGUCAUCCUUAUGUGUCCUUCUUUGAAGAUCUUUUAAAACAGAAUAUUAUUCGACCAUGCAAGAUAGAAAACGAAAAUUUCAAUGAACAAAUGGAACAAAUAUGUAUGAAAAACAUAACCAAAACAGAGUGGAGAGAUAUUUUCAUAGAAGUGCUUGCGAUCCCCACCACUGAUGCAGAUCAGCUGGUUGGUGAAUUAAUCAAAAACAAAUGUUUACAUAAACGAUCGAUAGGUACAAAAAUGUGGGACAAUGCAUCGAAGCUUACCCAACUACAGUUUCAGCAAAUGAGUGUAACAAGUUACUACGACAUAGGAGAGGAGAAAGAUUUCAAAAACAUAGUUUCGAUCACCCUGAAAUGCUCUGGUACCGUGUCUUACGACAUAGGCAAAACGGUAGUACAAUAUUUAAACCAACAGCGCAAGAUACGCGAAGCUUCAACACAGACGCAUGUAAUAAAUUCGUUGAAAUCGCUUAAAUCUUCCAUUGUAGGGCUAGAAGUUCCUGGAAUAUAUUUAAAAUCAAUUCAAGAGGUAACUAAGAACACGGAGAUUAAUUUUGGUACGAUAGACGAAGAGUAUAUUUUCAAUCUGAACGGAUUGGAGCGUCUGAUACAACUGAAAGAGCAGAAGGGAAUGCUUGGUAAGGCUACUGCGGUAGCGUUGAUAGGGUUGGGCCAAAUUGCUUUGGGUGGCUUAAUAGAGUUCUGCUCGGUAGGUUGGUUGACGCACGUUGCAAGCAGUUUUAUGAGCGAAGGCCUUAACGACAUAAGCUAUGCUGUGAAUGCCCUUCACACCGGUCAUUUCAGUUGGAAGGAAUAUGCGGUGCAAAAAAUGAAAAGCAUAUUAUUUACCGGGAUUACCGCCGGCGUGGCAGCGUUGUGUUCUCGUGCAGUCAAGCAAUCGAAAAUCAUGAAGAAAAUAUUCAAUUCUGGGCUCUGUGACGAAGGGGAAUCAAUAUGCUCAACAACGACACGUAGCCAGCUCGGUACGAAACUCCAAAACAAAGUAAUUAGCGUGGCGUUAAAGCGAGUUGGGAUGAAAAUCGUUCAAGGUGCUGCGCAAGGUGUGGCGAACGUGAUGGUCGAUACAAUCGUCGAUGAUUAUUUGCAAUCGAUGGUCAAUGGGCUGGCUGCGGAAGUGCUGCGCACGGUGUUGAGCAAAGUAGACGAUCACAAAGCAACGCAGAGCCUGAAGCAAGUGUACGAUCAGCUGGGAGAACAGAGGGCUAGGCAGCUUAUACAGGAAAUAAAUUCAUCAUUUGGAACAUACAGUUGGGAGAGUUAUGUGUCCAUUGUCGGACAAAUGGUGGGCAGUUUAUCGCACGGAUUCGCAAGUGCGUUGCAGAAAACGGAGAGUAAAAGUAUCACACUGAAGAUUUUGAGCACAUUAGGCACGGUAUGGGUUUGGGGCGAAAGGGCUUUACAGUUGGGUAGAAUGGGUUACGAAGUCAGCCAAUUUCUCAACACAAUGGAUGCGCAGAUGUGUGAAAAGCUUAAAUCAAGGGUAGCCAAUGCGGACGGGAGUGAAUGUUCCACACCAAAGGAGGAUGGGUUUGAUAAGUUUAAGAGCGAAACAGUCAGGCAAUGGCGAGCGCUGUUGAGUGAGCAUGUUGGGAAACUCAUAACAAUGCAUUUCAUUAAACCAUUGCUACACGAUGCAUUAACACGCAUUGGAAGGCAUAUCAAACGAGUGCCACUUAAAAUCAGAGAAAGAAGAUUGAGAAAGAAGAUGAAAAAAGAAAAAGCGGCACACGAUGCGCUACCGGAAGAGCAACGAAAGCAGCAAGAACAUCAGUAUCACGAAAGGUUGAAGAAAAUCAUGACCAAAACAAAGAGUCCUUCGCUGUUUGCAGAUAUCAUUCAGGAGGGUGUACCGAUGGAUCUAACUUGUGUAGAUGCAUGUACAAAAGUGAUACAGAAGUUUUUGAAAGCCAAAAACAUACCAACUGAUGCACUUAUAGUUGACGUGCAGGCGGAGGACGGCAUAAGCCAAACGUUUGCUUCCGGAGAGCCCGGAGCGGCGAACGCUAAAAAGGUAACCUUACAGCUGACCGGCGGUCAUUUCUCAUUUUCUGAAAACCAACAAAACGUUGACGGCAAUAAUUGUAUGUAUGCGGCAUUGUGCGAAGCCAUGCCCGAGCUGAAAGAUAUGACGGCUGAUGAGUUUAGGAAGCAAAUCGCAGAGACAAUAAGGGCAGAUCCUUCCAUACAACAUCACAUUAGGCAGGGUUGGCAUCGGUAUCCAAUCAAGGCGUUCAAUUGCAUUGGGGGCAGGAGACAAGAGCCGCCCGAAAGCGACGAGCUGGAGAAGAAAUUUAAAAGCAAUAAAAGAUACUUGCACAGCAUUGUAAUUCCACUGUCUCGCAAAUCUGAAACAUUUUCUGGAGGGAAAAAUUUAACAACAAAAAAGUUUAGGAAAACCAAAUGCAUCGUAAUAAGAAACACAGUAGAUCACAUCUUCAACCGCGUUACGGUUUACCCUAUAGAGGCAGCAGCAACGAUACAGGCAGCGAUGAAAAUCUCAGGCAUGGCUUGGGAUGAAAUGUUUGCCAGCGGAGGCAGUAACUCAUUUGAUAAACUACCUAAUGCUUUGAGAGAAGGCAAAUUUGAUCGAGCGCAUGGCGUUAAGUUGAGAAUAAAGAAAGAGAACUUUACAACGCCUGAACAGUUGCAAGCAUUAGCAAUGCUACAGAAUUGUCUAGGGAGAAGGGAAUAUGUGUUCAAAGAAGCAAACAUGACUGGCAAUAUUGCAGGAGAUAUUGAUAAUAUUCAACCGAAAUUGUUGAAGGAGUUUGUGCACAGCUAUGACUUUGCCCAACCUGACAACAGUCGCCAGUACGUCAAAGACUUUUUCAGUAGAGCAAGUGAGAAUGUUCGGAGUUGCACAAUGAAGAGGGAGGAUAAUAAAAGCAAUAGGAAAAGAAGCAAACCAAAUGCAAACUCGACAAGCGGUAGCAGUCGACCAAAACGAAGGCUUAAUAUAUCGGGUGAAAUAGAACAAGCUCAUAAAAAAAUUCAGAAGUAUGAUCCUUCUGCUGACCUUAAAAAAUGCAAAUCUAACAUAUACGAUAGAUUAAUAAGGGGCGAACCGGUGGUAUAUUCGAUAGAAAAAGUGUUCACGUCGGAAUCGUCGGGAAUCGAUUCCGACAGUCCAUCAACGUCGUCUUCGCGUUAGUUACGUUUAACUGUCAUAGAAGAAGAAGAAUAAUAUUUAAAAUAAGAUGAAGAAUAGGAAGAAAAAUGUGAGCAAACGAAGAAGAAGGGGAAGAUGAAGAAUAUUAAGAAAAAUAAGAAGAAGAUAAGGGAGAAUAUUAAGGAAAUUAAGAAGAUGUGUAAGAAUUAUAAAAAAGGAAGGAACUGCAGCUGACGACUAUCAAGGAUCAAACAUUACAGCAUGAAAAUCGGAACAAUACAGCUACUCUACAUGCGGCGGCGCUACGCAAUUAGAUCCUGACGCGGAAGAUUCUAAUAAUGCGCUCUUUACAAUGCACAUUCUAUAUGAGUGCAUCCUGUUUAAAGUUCAUGGAAGGUACAAGUUGAUAUAACAAUCCGAAGGACACGAAAUGCUCGAACAGAUGGUUAGAAAAAGUUGCUUCGGAAAAGAAGCACGUUGAUCUUUGGAAAUAUGGAAUGUAAUGUAUCGAAGGAAUGACGAAUCGUUAGAAAACACAACCCGAUCAUGAUCAAGCAAGUACAUUGAAUAGAGAUUCACACAAUGCUUUUAAAAUGAAGGAUGACGUGAUCUUGACCUGGUGCAGAAGAUCACAUGUCUUCGUCUGGCGUAACACAUUAUGCUUGCUUUGAUGGCGAAUGCAUCUACGGCGUAUUGGCACCUUCGUGUGUGUUUAUCACGCCUUCUCUGUCCUUGCACUUGAUCUAAAAGCACUUUACGGGUAGCGUCCAUUAGUACCAUACGUAUGUCAUGAACAGCUCGUAGAAGCCAAUUGAGUAUUACAGAAAGAUCGCCAAACAAACCUUCUACUGAGCCGUAACUGAAGUGUCUUCUCAAUUGUCAUUCCACGAGUACAGUGGUGCAGAAUCAGCGCAGCAUCUGUCCUUCGAAUGACGCUAAGAGUGUAUCAUUGUUCAAAUCAAAUCUUUUUUAGAGUCCCUAAACUACAGAAGCAAAGUCGUUCACAUGCAACAGUCACGACCGACGUUUGUGGUUCCAGUGUUAUACGUAAAACCUUAUGUUCAGGUGUAUCGAGACGGAUUAUCAACUGUUAUAUCUUCAGUCUCCAAACUUUAUUCAUUAUUGGGUUUAACAACUCAAUGCUGAUUUGUUCACCCAUAGACAUACGCUGUUAAGGAGGCGGGACCCGUGUUAGAUUUGAUUAAUUAGUACAAACUGAGUUAACGAGUUAUUGUAUAUGUAUUGUUCAUGCAUUGUUUUGUAUAGAAGUUUAUCGAGUAUAGUGUGCCAGUUUUCGCAUACAAAAUAAUGUUUGCAGGAUAGUUAGUCCUACGCUACGUAUGGGGGCACGGUCUAUUCGGGGCUUGAACCCAUGACGGGCAUGUUGUUAAGUCGUACGAGUUGACGGCUGUACCAGCAGACCGGUAAUGCUAGCUAGGGGAUGCUAGGGUAGUUUUACAAAAUUUAGGUAGGCAUUUUACUCGCAUGCGCUCUUGUGUACUUACAAAUUCAGGUAGGAAAUUAUUGCAGACAACUGAAGAGCUGUGUCUAUCAACAACAACAAAAAACAUACAAUUAAGUGUUUAGUGGGAUUGAAUAUAUUUACUGAUCAAUUUUUAAUUUGAAAACGGGAAAUUAAGACGAAGAGCAAUAUACUGUAAUAUGAAAUAUUGUUUGAGUUAAACAUGUAGAUAUUUUUUUUCCAUAUAAACUUAUAAAUAUAUUAACUUUCAUGUAAAAUAAUUUAAGACAAUGCAUUCUGCGUAUGUGUCAUAUAUAUUUGCAAAUAGUUUAAAGGAGUCAAUAUAACGGUAAGACUUCAUGCUCGUGGAAUGCAACUCAUGGCAACUAGAACAAACGGAUUCAUUGAAAUGAUAAAUUGUCGAUUGAUAACUAAGGCGAAAAAUGGCAAUGCGCAAUCGUAUGCUCCCUAUAAAUAAACACGUAAGCACCCUUCUUAGUGUUUUGCUGAACGCGCACUGUAUCAUACUUGUAUCUUCCCCUAAUAGAUCGAUCGCACGAUUUACUUACCUGUACAAGCUAGAUUGCCCGCUUCCCAGAAGUCGCGUACAAGCUUUGAGGGUUUCAUAAAAUGCUCAUCAUGAUUAGCGCCAUAUCAGUAAUUGGUAUAGAAAGCCUUACAUACCUGGUUGGCUUAUGAGCAAAUGUAAGUAAUGCACGUUCUCUCAAACUCACGUAUUCUCUCACUCUCUCAAACUCGCUCAGUUUUAAUCAAUGCGAUGUGUAUGAUUCAUCUGUAGUACAGAUAAAAACAUAUAAAUAGUCUGGGAGAGUUGGAAGCAGUACCAUACACUCAUGUAAGUUGAAUGCGGCUUGAAGCUCGUAAUUAGAAGAGAGUCGAAGCUGUAUUGAAAGUAGAUCAAGCAAACCACGCAGCUAGGCCUGUUUGCUAGAAACGUUUGGGAAAGUGUACGAACGAUUACUGUUUACCCAAAGCGGUCUUUUACCUCGUCGUCACAACUGUUGCCGUUGUGCAAUAAAGAAUUGCAAUGGCUACAUUGGUUUUGACAACGGUAGCGGCUUCCACAGUUCCAGGGUUGCUGGAAACCACAGCUGCUUCAGCCGUUUAUAUGGCGGCUGCGCCCGUUUUUGAAGAAGUUGCUCAAGUAGUUAAUGAGGCGUUUGCUGACUUAGUUGAAGAUGUUACAGAAGUAGUUGUUAAAACAGCUAAAAAAACUGGCGAAAUGGUGGUUAAAGCAGCAGAAGUAACUGCUGAAGUUGUGGAAAAAACAGCAGAAAUAACUGCCGAAAUUAUUUUGAAUAGAAAUACUAUAUUACUGCCCCCUAUCAAAAGCCAGCAACAGAAAGGAAAUAAUUCAAACACUAGAUCUAACGAAAAUAGUACAAACCAUAAGGAAAACAAUGGAAAUAAACAGUCACAACAAAAUACAAAAACCAACAAACAAACGGAAUCAAAACAAACUGGAACUGCAAGAAACGCUGGCGAUAAUGGAGAUGAUCCCAGACGACGAAGAAACUUGAAAACUACGCGCAACUGUCAGGAUGAAACAUCGGAUGAAACGGAACCACACACUGGAGCUUCUCACUUGCACUCACGAACAGCGGUACAUACCGUACGAUUUGCUGGAGAAAUCAGGCGAGCUGCCGACAGGUCUGGCCACCAAGUUACAGAGCUUAUUGAAGACGGGGCCAGUACGAUCAGGGAUGGGUAUAUACGGCCACCGACACCUGAUAGCCAACUGCAAAGAGCUCACGUGCUACGGUUUAGGGAUAAUUUUGAGAUGUUACGCGAACAUUAUCCCGAGUUGUAUAGAAUAUUGUGCAGACAUGCAGGGCACACGCAAAGAAUUCCGAGAGUGUUCAAUGUGUUCCACAAGAUUGGUGGGAAAAUUGAUAAACUGCAGUAUGGGUGGAUUUUGAAAUUGUCUGAAGUAGAUUUUUCGGCAGGUCCCACAGCUGCAAAUCUAGCAAUUUUUGAAGCAUAUAGACAAGAAGUUUUAGAUUUGUAUGCCAGUGAGAUAAGAUUAAGAUACGAACGGAGCUAUAGCGAACAGGACAUGGCAGAAAUAAGAAUGGCAAAAGAGAUGAUGGAAAACACAACGAGUGAAGAAUUGUUUGAAAAUGCUCUGGAAGGAUUCAAUCUGGAACAUGACUACAACAAUCCCAGAAUAAGAUUGUAGUAGUAUACAUUUCGUAACCCUUUACAAACGAUAUUGAACGAAUGCAAACAUUUCAAAACUAAAAAGAAUUUAAAAUAGGACAAACGCAAAUGCUUCGAAGAAAGAGUUUGAAUAGCUUAACAACAAUGAAAAGUAAGAGAGCUAUGCCAUGCUUGUUGAUCAUCUGCAUUAAAACAGAUGGAUGGAACACUUACGAUAAAUUUCGACUAAGGUUAAUCUGAGUUUCAUAUUCACUAUUUGAAAUAUCUUUGUUGCAAAGUCCAACAUACUUGGGGUGUUUAUACUUAAUGAAAUAAAUCUAUAGGUGGAGGUACACACAAAACAUAAAUACAAUACCUAUUCAUUUGAAUAAGCGCAAAAUAUAACCACGUGUAUGAAAAUGUUAACAAAUACUAUAAAUAUACAUCUUAUCUGCAUUUCAACAAAAAUCUGAUUUUGUUUACAACCAAAAUGAAAUGUUUCUAGUCGAGAAUUCUAAGCAAUAUUUGGUCGACCCAAAAUGCAACGACAACUCAAACAUACUCACACACGAUAUCCGAAAUUAUUGGUAUCUUGUACGAUCGAAUGCCCUGUAUACACCACGGUCUGCUAGUUUAACUUGAGCCGAACCUGUUCGACCUGUUCGACCUCUACUAUCUCUGCUCUGCAUGCUGGAUGCUCUGUCUGUGUGUUGGUAUGCUCCCGUAGAUGUGCCGCUUAGGACAAUUCCUGUCUUCCUGUUUCAGACUCGAUCCAGUGCCAUGUAAAGGGUCUUGUGGCGCUAUGGUAGCAUGGAAUGCAUGGAAAACAAUCCAUAUCAAAUUAAAACGAUCGAAUGCAUUGAAACCAAUCCAAUAAAAACUAUGCAUCGGCAAACAAUUGGCAAUGUGCAAUCGUUCGUAUGCCUCGUACACAUAAACACGCAAUCACUCUUCUUAGUCUCUUGAUGAACACACACUGUCUUAAACUUGUAUCUUCCUGUAAUAGAACGAUCGCAAACACGGUAGAACAAGAGACUCUCGCAAUAAGAGGCUGCCACAAGGACACCAGACAUUGACCCUUCACUAACCAGUAGACACUAGAUUGCCCGCUUCCCAGAAGUCGCGUACAAGGUACCCAGGAUCCAUAAAAUGCUCAUCAUGAUUAGCGCCAUAUCAGCAUUUGGUACAUAAAGACUUACAUACCUGGUUGGUUUAUGAGCGAAUGUAAGUAAUGCACGUUCUCUCAUACUAACGUAUUCUCUCACUCUCCUAAACUCUCUCAGUUUUAAUCAAUGCGAUGUGUAUGAUUCAUCUGUAAUACAGGUAAAAACAUAUAAAUAGUCUGGAAGAGUUGAAAGUAGUUCGAAAGUCAAGUAAAUUGAAUGCGGUUUGAGGCUCGCAAUUCGAAGAGAGUCAAAUCGUUAUUGAUAGUAGAUCACGCACCCACGCAGUUACUAUUUAUAGUGUCAUACCAACACCUACCGAAUAUCUAACACAGUGCGAUAAAAAAUCGCUAUGGCUGGAUUGAUUUGGGGUGCUUUAGGAGGAACGGUUGGUAAAUCAGCGACAGUGGCACCCAUCGUAGGAUUAGUUGGUCCGCAAGCCGCUAUUGGUUUAGCUGUAGUAGGUGGUGUGAUCGCUGCGCCAGUCAUAGUAAAUGCUGCUGUGGAAACGGUGGCUGUAGUUGGAAAGACGGUCGUUAGGAUGGUUGAAACUACUGCUGAAGUUGUGGGAACAGUUGCAUCUGCUGUUGUUGAGGCAAGCGUAGACACUGUUCUCACAUUGUGUAAUGCCCAUUACGUUACAGAACAAAAAUCUGGAAACGCGUCAGAAAGACGUAACAGUCGUAAUGAAAAUUGUACAAACAGUAAGAGUAACAAUGAAAGCAAACAAUCACAACAAAAUACAAAAACCAACAAACAAACGCAAUCAAAACAAACUGGAACUGCAAGAAACGCUGGCGAUAAUGGAGAUGAUCCCAGACGACGAAGAAACUUGAAAACUACGCGCAACUGUCAGGAUGAAACAUCGGAUGAAACGGAACCACACACUGGAGCUUCUCACUUGCACUCACGAACAGCGGUACAUACCGUACGAUUUGCUGGAGAAAUCAGGCGAGCUGCCGACAGGUCUGGCCACCACGUUAGAGAUCUUAUUGAAGACGGGGCCAGCACAAUCAGGGAUGGGUAUAUACGGCCACCGACACCUGAUAGCCAACUGCAAAGAGCUCACGUGCUACGGUUUAGGGAUAAUUUUGAGAUGUUACGCGAACAUUAUCCCGAGUUGUAUAGAAUAUUGUGCAGACAUGCAGGGCACACGCAAAGAAUUCCGAGGGUGUUCAACGUGUUCCACAGGAUUGGUGGGAGAAUUGAUAAACUGCAGUAUGGAUGGAUUUUGAAAUUGUCUACAGUAGAUUUUUUGGCAGGUCCCACAGCUGAAAAUCUAGCAAUUUUUGAAGCAUAUAGACAAGAAGUUUUAGAUUUGUAUGACAGUGAGAUAAGAUUAAGAUACGAACGGAACUAUAGUGAAGAGGACAUGGCAGAAAUAAGAAGGGCAAAAGAGAUGAUGGAAAACACAACGAAUGAAGAAUUGUUUGAAAUUGCUCUCGAAGGAUACAAUCUGGAACAUAGAUACAACAAUCCCAGAAAAAGAUUGUAGUAGUUUAAAAAGGGCUGAUCUUUCGUCUAUGGCUUAACUCAUGUGUUUAUCCCUCAUCCUGAAUGUAGGCAGCAGAACUGAGAUGAUGCAGGUGUCUAAUAACAUAUUCCACAAGAGGUAAGAAGCGAUGUGAAGUUCUUUGAACGAUCGUAAGGUUUUCCCCCAGGUUGAAAGACGCGGAUUCGUCAUUAGGCAGGGCAGGCACGUCAGCAGUUAUGAGGCGUUGAGACCAUAGAUAUAUCUCCUCAAUAAUUGUAUCGUUGCACUUUCGUACAAAGGCUAGCCGGUUCAACAUGACAUUCGUCGCGAGAAGCAAUGCAAACUUAUCACAAAAGAAAACAGUUGAAUGUAAAAUGAGUACAAUUGAGCUCAGAUGGAUCGAAAGGAUGAGAAAAGUCAGUAUAAAAUAUAGUGUAAAACGAUAUGCAAAAAGUUGAUAUUUGUUUAUCGAUUAACAAGCCAGGUGAGUAAGGGUGGAAUAAGCUGGGGAGUGUCGGUGGGUUACAGUUAAAUAAAAUAUUGCGACCUUUCUACUUUUUUUCACCUAA